AUACAUGAUGUGACGAUAAUGGGGGCAAACACCAUCUAUAAGGUUGCUGAAAAUAUUAUCCCUCCCAUGAAGGAGAAUGGUGAGCAUGAUUUGGUGGCAGAGAUUUGCAAGGAGUCGCAAAAACAGAACUUUAGUCUCAACCCCCCAGUAAUGUUGGACAGCGGUAGAAAGCACCGAAUCUGUGGGGAAAUCCCUGCAAACGAGGUUGACCAUUUGGCAGAUAAGAGGGAGACGGACAAAGGAAAUGAAAAAAGUGACACAAUGGAACAGGCCAGACGUAGAAACAGAAACAAGAAUUUUCCUUUGAUCGGAAAGAUAUCACGGAAAGAUUCUAAGGUCUUAAAGUUCUUAUUUGGGAAGCCAAGGAAAGGAGGACAUGAGUCCAGGUCAGUAAAGACAUUAUAA